GUUGUCCUUGGUUCCGAGAAAAACGAACGUUAAAUGAGAGAACUUGGCUGAGAAUUGGUAAUUCGCUAAAGGCAGCCAAGGCAGACAAUAUCACCCUCUGCCUUUGGACUCUGAUUAAGGACAUCAUAGAUGAAGGGAGUUUGGAAGAAUUAGGUGUUAUUCAUGAAAGUGAGGAUUUUCAGGUAAAAGGCCAUGUGGAGAGGAUCCCUGUUAUAGAAAAUUCUCCACAACCUGAGUCUCGUAAACAAAGAGACAGUUCUGAUGAGUCUGUGGUUAGGAAAAAAAUAGCUCAUCCCGAGAAAGGAGCAAUUGAAGUUCAUGGAGAAACUUGGCCCUCUGUAGCGCCAUCCGCGCCGCCUGUGACCUUGAUGGCAGAGGCCGAAAUCCAGAAGGAUAUGCAAUUACAAAAGUUAGAGUUUGAAAUUAAAUUGCAGAAAUUGACUAAUGAGUUACAGGAGCUAAAAAGGGUCUCUAAUACUAGAGAGAACAAUAACUCGGAGACCCGCCAGUCGCCAUUAGAAAGAGUUAUAAACCAGGCCCGCGGAGAGGGGCAGGAUACGUCAGAAAUCUUAGCUUUUCCAGUCCUUGAGAUAGAAGACCAGGACAAUGUGGUCAGACAAUAUCAGACCUUGGAAUUUAAGGUGAUAAAAGAGUUAAAGCUAGCCGUAGCCCAGUACGGCCCGACAGCUCCCUUUACACAGGCGUUGUUGGAUACUGUGAUUGAGUCGAAUCUAACUCCACAGGAUUGGAAAACGCUGUGUAAAGCUACGUUGUCGGGGGGAGAUUUCUUGCUCUGGAGUUCUGAAUGGCGUGAGGCUUGCAAAAGAACCGCUGCCACUAACACUCAAGCAGGCCAUCCAGAAUGGAAUGCGGAGAUGUUGUUGGGGGAAGGCCUAUUUGAAGGAAAUAAUAACCAGAUUGGGUUUCCCAUCGCAGUGUAUGCGCAGAUUGCGGUGGCCGCCCGCCGUGCUUGGACUCUGUUACCAGCUAAGGGAGAUAUUAGUGGAAAUCUAACAGCUGUGAAACAGGCUCCCGACGAACUCUUUCAGGAUUUCGUAGACAGAUUGCUGAAAACGGCUAAUAGAAUUUUUGGAAACUCUCAGGCAGAGAAUCCGCUGGUUACGCAACUAGCCUAUGAGAAUGCUAAUGCGGCCUGCCGAGAGGCCAUUAGACCCCAGAGAGGAAAGACAGACCUAGCCGGUUACAUUCGCCUUUGUUCUGAGAUCGGUCCUUCUUAUAAUCAGGGUUUAGCUAUAGCUGCAGCGCUGCAGGGAACAACUAUUCAAGGAAUUCUGUCACAAAGACGAGGAAAUAGGAGAUGUUUUAAAUGUGGUAGUCUGGGUCAUUUUAAGAGUGAUUGUCCUGAUAAUAAGCCCAGUAUAAACGGGCAAUCAGGUGGUCCACCAGGAACGUGCCAUAAGUGUAGAAAAGGAAAUCAAUGGGUUAAGAGAGACAAGUCAAAAAAUAACUUCCAAGGUAGACCCGUGUCGGGAAACGGGGGGAGGGGCCAGCCCCAGGCCCCGAUGCAUCAGACUGUCUGUGGGGCACAGCUACUGCCGAGCCAAGGAAAUCCAUCCUUGACCUCACCAGAGCUACACCAGGAAGUGCAGGGCUGGACCUCUGUUGCAUCUGCAAUGCCGUACUAACUCCAG